AUGCUCAAUGACUUUCCGACAUAUACAUCUCUGAACAAGCUUGUGGCUCACGCCGGCAACAACCUCGCCGAGAUCUAUGUGGGCCGCACCGAUGGCGUCCGAUCGAUUUUUGGAUCUCCGGAGGGGCGCGAGUAUCUUGAAGACAUCUACGGUGCGGCGCAUCCGAGCAAGGCCUUUCACAAGCUCAUGGAAGACUUCAUGACCCGCUUCACUAAGACCGUCACCGUCCCCCACGACUCUCAGCUCAAUAUCCUAGAGCUCGGAGCUGGAACAGGGGGCACAGCCAAAUGGCUCGCCCCGUUGCUCGCUAAAUCGAAAGUUCCUGUCGAAUACACUUUCACCGAUCUGGCACACGGCUUCAUUGCUCAGGCUGCGCGAAAGUUCCAAGAAUACCCCUUCAUGAACUAUCGAACACAGGACAUCGAGAAGCCACCACCUGUAGACCUCGCAGGCACUCAAGACAUAGUCAUCGCUGUAAACGCAGUUCACGCAACCCCCGACAUGCCGACCUAA